AUGCUUGCUAAAAUUAUUGAAUCUACCAAUAAUGAAACAAAACGUCGACAUCUUGUGAAAUUAUGUGAAAUACGCUGGGUUGAUAAACACACAUCAAUCAUCGUAUUUAAACAAGUCUUUUUUGGCGUUAUUGUUGGUUUAGAUUAUUUAGUUGAAAGUGGUGAUUCUGAAACAAGUGGUCUUGCACGAAGUUACGGAAAAGCUUUAACUGAUAUUGAUCUUGUUAUUCCUCUUAUUGUUGUGAAUCGUGUAUUUUGUAUAACUAAACCCAGCGGCGUAAAUAGGGGAGUGAGUGAGUGGGGCGUAACACCCCCUGCUUCCGAAAAUUCAUAG